GUAGGUUGCGUCCCGGUUGUUGAGUCACCGGGAAAACCGUUACUCGACCGGAGGAAGCAACCGACACUCUCAUCGGUAACCGCGCACAUUUACCGUAGUUAAACACCAUCCAGAUACUCUUCUCGACGGGGUUGAAAUGUUACAUUUUCGGUCAACGGUAGCGCUCAAGGAGUUAUUUCAGACCCAGCUGAAGCGUCCGUUGGCGGGUAGAGUCGGUGUUAAACCUGCAGCCUCCGCCUGCUUCAGCACCGCUCGUCUGGAUGGGAGGUCGCCGGGCAGAGGGGGGGCUUUCUCCGGGUGGAGAGCCCCGCUGCACCCCGCCAGAAGGCCCGGCGUGAGAGGCUUUUGCUCCAAAGGUGACAACCAGAAUGAAUCCUCCAAGGACUCUGCGACAGAGAAGAGAAGGAAGGCAGGCAUCCUGCCCAGUCUGGAGGACCUGCUCUUCUACACCAUCGCAGAGGGCCAGGAAAAAAUCCCUGCACACAAAUUCACCACAGCUCUUAAAGCCACGGGGCUUCGCACGGGAGACCCUCGGCUGAAAGAAUGUAUGGAGAUGCUGAAGGUGACUUUGAAGACGACCUCUGAUGGAGCGCUGGACCGACACCUCUUCAAAAAAUGUGUCCAGAGCAACAUCGUUCUGCUCACCCAGGCCUUCAGGAAGAAGUUUGUCAUCCCAGACUUCCAGUCCUUUAGCGCCCACAUCGAUGAGCUCUAUGAAAACGCCAAAAACAUGUCCGGAGGGCAGGUGGCUGACUACAUUCCCCAGCUGGCCCGCUUCAGCCCAGACUUGUGGGCCGUCGCCCUGUGCACCGUCGAUGGACAGAGGCACACUGUCGGCGACACCAAGGUCCCUUUCUGUCUUCAGUCCUGUGUUAAGCCGCUAAAAUACGCCAUCGCCGUUCACGACCACGGCACAGAGUAUGUGCACCGCUUCAUCGGCAAAGAGCCCAGCGGUCUGCGAUUCAACAAGCUCUUCCUGAACGAGGAAGAUAAACCACACAACCCCAUGGUUAAUGCCGGCGCUAUCGUCUGUACCUCCCUCAUUAAGCAAGGGGCAAGCAACGCGGAAAAGUUUGACUAUGUCAUGAACUUCAUGAACAAACUGGCAGGAAACGAGUACGUAGGCUUCAGCAACGCCACUUUCCAGUCGGAGCGAGAGUCUGGAGACAGGAACUUUGCCAUCGGCUACUACCUGAAAGAGAAGAAGUGUUUUCCAGAAGGGACGGACAUGACCUCCAUCCUCGACUUCUACUUCCAGCUGUGCUCCAUCGAGGUGACCUGUGAGAGCGCCAGCGUCAUGGCGGCGACUCUGGCCAAUGGCGGCUUCUGUCCAAUCACAGGAGAGCGCGUGCUGAGCCCCGAGGCGGUGCGAGACACUCUGAGUCUGAUGCAUUCCUGCGGCAUGUACGACUUCUCCGGACAGUUCGCUUUCCACGUCGGUCUGCCGGCUAAAUCUGGCGUCGCUGGCGGGAUUCUGCUGGUUGUUCCGAACGUCAUGGGCAUCAUGUGUUGGUCUCCUCCCCUCGACAAGCUGGGGAACAGCGUCAGAGGCAUCCAGUUCUGCACGGACCUGGUUUCUCUCUGUAACUUCCACAACUACGACAACCUCGAGACACUUCUUGCUAAAGAAGCUGGAUCCUCCGCAGGGAGGGAGGAGACCAGAGGGUGAAGUCGGUGAUCAAUCUGCUGUUUGCUGCUUACACUGGAGACGUCUCAGCCCUGAGGAGGUUUGCGUUGUCCUCCAUGGACAUGGAGCAGAGGGACUACGACUCCAGGACGGCCCUGCAUGUGGCGGCUGCUGAAG